AUGUUCGAAGACUUCUCCUUUUCCUCGCCCUCGUCGCGACCGACCCGCCUAGCGCUUAGUACAGAAGACCGUCUCAUGAUCGACGGCGACAGCAACCUCAUCUCACCACUAUCAUCCCGCUGUCCCUCGCCGACAUCGCACCGCUUCCGCACGCUCUCGCGCUCCCGCUCUUCAUACUUUCGCUCCCAGCAACAACAGCAGCAGCCGCCUCCAACCUCCGUGCCCUUCCCUUACGAAUCAAAGCGUCUCUCCAUCGCAACCCUGACACAGAAACUCCACGAACAUACCCUCCAGACUCCAAAUGGCGAAUCCUUCCCGGACCGCACCCGCUUCGCUCCCCAUGCAAAUAAUCCCGCCGACGCAUAUGGAUCAGCACGCUCAGCUCCCUACGCAGGCUGGGUCCUCACCCCACCAGACACAGACCACGACGACGACGGCCACCUCUCCUCGCCAUCGCUCUGCUCAAAUCCAAGCCCGACCUCCAUCCCCCCGGACUUCCCCCUGCUAGAUGGGCCCGAUCUCCCACACCCGCAGCCAGAUCUCCUCAGCAUCCGCAGCCAGCGCCAGCAGAUCUCCCAGUUACAGUGUAGUAACCAGGGAGACAUUGAUGCUAUCCGGCGGGCGGCAAAUGAUGAUUCGUACGGGUCAUCUUUGCCGUCCAUUCCUUGCGAAGACGAUUGCCACCCGAGCUCUUUGCCGCCCAGGCCUUCGCCACGGAGACGCGCGCUCACGCAGCACCGGAGUAGAUUCGGGCCUGCGGAGUCGCUGGAGUCGAGGGGUAGACGGAAGAGUAGCGCGGGGGCUAUACAGUCUCAUCGGAUUGAGAAGAGUCAUCAUCCUUCUUUUGCGGGGCGGGAGGCGUCUAAACGGAAUGAGCAGGGCUUGAGGCGGAAGAGUAUGGUUACUGCGGCGCUGGCGUCUGUAGCGGAGAGGCCUUGA